GGCUCAGGGUCCACUCCACUAUGACGAUGGUGCUGGCUCCGAUGGCGGGGCUGGCUGUAGGGUGGCGGGGUCUUGGGCCUGCGAAGACGGAGCAAAAAAGAAUGGAAUAACAUCAAAGUCGAGGGUCCAAUUUGAUUCGACUGAGUCACCAAUAUCAGUCAAUAUCAAACUCGAAAACAAGGGGACUACCCUGAAUAGGCUGACAAACUUUUAACUGUGAAAAUCAAGAAAGGGUGCCACGAUCAAUCGCACUCAAUUGCAAGUAGCAGUUCAUCCUCAUCUACGACCAUGACGUCUCAAUUCCCCACCAAGAAGUGUGGCGUCCUCGGCGCGACCGGCUCGGUUGGCCAACGCUUUAUUCUCCUUCUCCAGCAGCACCCAUCCUUCACCCUCGUCGCAGUCGGCGCCUCAUCCCGGUCCGCCGGCAAGGCCUACAAGGAUGCCGUGCGCUGGAAGCAGUCCUCCCCUAUGGUGCAGGCUGUCGCCGACCUGGUGGUCCGCGAGUGCCGCCCUUCCGAGUUUGCAGACUGCGACGUCGUCUUCUCGGGCCUCGACUCGGACGUGGCCGGUGAUGUCGAGAUGGCGUUCCUCAAGGCGGAUCUAGCCGUCUUCUCCAACGCCAAGAACUACAGGCGCGACCCGCUGGUCCCCUUGGUUGUGCCCACCGUCAACCUGCCGCACCUGAGCAUGAUCCCGCACCAGCGCAAGCACCACGGCCUGAACAAAGGUUUCCUGGUCUGCAACAGCAACUGCGCCGUCAUUGGGCUCGUCAUCCCCUUUGCCGCGCUGCAGGCGCGCUUCGGGCCCAUCGAAACCGUCUCCGUUGUGACCAUGCAGGCCGUCUCGGGUGCCGGCUACCCGGGUGUGUCGUCCAUGGACAUCAUCGACAACGUGGUGCCCUACAUCGCCGGCGAGGAGGACAAGCUUGAGAGCGAGGCCCGAAAGAUCCUCGGCGGCAUCAACGCCGAGGCCACCGCCUUUGAGGAGCAGACGUCGAUGCGCGUCAGCGCCAGCUGCAACCGCGUCCCCGUGCUCGACGGCCACACGGCCUGCGUCUCGCUGCGUUUCGCAAACAGGCCCCCUCCCCCGGCCGAGGCCGUCAAAGCCGCCAUGGCCACCUACGUGAGUGAGGCAGAGUCGCUGGGCUGCCCUUCCGCCCCGUCGCCGUCCAUAAUGGUGUUUGAGGAGGCGGAUAGACCUCAGCCCAGGCUCGAUAGGGAUCUCUCGAGGGGUUAUACCGUCAGCGUGGGCCGGGUCCGCGAGGACGAGAGCGGGAUUUUUGACAUUAAGUUUGUUGCGUUGAGCCACAACACCGUAAUCGGAGCAGCAGGAUCAUCCAUUCUGAAUGCCGAGGCAGCCGUUCUGAAGGGCUACCUGUGAGUGUAUUACUGUUUGGUUACUUUUUUAGGCCUAUAGGAAUACACAAAAGCACUUGGCUUGUUACCCAUCGCAUGUUUUCCUACGUUCCGGGUGAACUACGCGCCUGGCAUAUCCAGACUGAAAUGGUAUCGGCGAGGAAACAUCUUUGACCUUCACACGCGGCUCCAUGCCCACAUGUCUCAAGUAUCUUCCAAGCUUAUGAGCAACCAGAAAACGUCGUACAAAUUUGCGCCGUUGACGAUUACGGCACAAAGAUCUAGAUACCGUUCCAAACGAGACUCGUUUUUCGGCGUCCGGCUGGGGAACACAAUACACAGAUGCUACCCCGGGCCCGAGUGGGCGCUGAGACGUGAUGAACCAAAGUUUCAGUGCGACGGAUGACAACCUGCUUCCCAGGUUGGAUGACCAUUGUCCACCUGAUGAACGAAUUGUGAUUCUCACACCGUGACACACCGUUGGAGACAUCUUCCGGCCGGGGUGGGAGUGAGCGCGAUGCGGCGCAGCCCAUCAAACCAAAUUCAAGGGCCAGCCAAAAACGGGCAUAUUCUCUCUGACGAGUCACUCGCUGGUAAAUUACCCCGGACUUUUUUUCCCUUCUGGUAUGAUUUUGAGCGGGUUUUGUUUGGUUGCUUGCAUGACAGUGGAAAAAAAAAAUAAAAAGACGAUUGAGACUGGGCGAUCUUCGUCUGUUCGUUGGUUCCCGCGGGCCUGGACUUGCAUUGCAGAUGUACAUCACAAGCGAGUAUUUCAUCGGCCGACGCGCCCUGGCAGGUUCACCGUCCUUGCGCCGAGUUAGCAGCAAGGCAGAUCACAGUUCUUUUUGGACGGGUGUGUCAAAAGGGGACCGAAUGGGACACUACUGGCACUGCAGUAAAAACGCCUAAACAUGACACCGGGGCGCCGAAUGUUGUCUUGAUGGUCUAUUCCCCGGUUUUUUUUCUUUUCUUUUCCUGUUCUUUAUCUCUGCCUUUCACCCUUCGGAAGCCUGCAUUUUAGCACUUGAUGAUCCCGAUGACUUGAGUUCGGUCGAACUGAUGGUGUAGCCAAUUCAGCCUUCUGAUUCGCCGACAUAUGAUACGCUAAGCAGGGAAGAAAGCGACCAGGAAGUACGUUCCUCAAUAUUUGCCUCCAGUUGACAACAGACGAUUGGCAAAGGGGGGAUGCAAGCCGGGAAGUCAACGAACAUGGGAGAGUUCGGCGCAAGAAGGAGAGACAUAAAAAAAGGUGGAUAAACGGACUAGGUGAUCUGUAAGCACUUGUUGAUGGUGCAUUCCAGUCCCGUGCGACCCGCGUGCUACCAUCAAACCAAACCUCGCGCAGGUACGAGAGCGGCAAGCCCGCAAGCUUAGGUAGGGGCUCUUGGAAAGGUGUGCACGGGCUGACGUGAACUGUGCGUGGGGAGGGCUUUUCUUCUAGAUGAUUUGUGUAUGCGUGCCUGGCAGGUCAAUCGUAGAUGUCAUCCUGUAGGCGAAGGAUUUUAAGGCGUACGGUCAGACUUUUGGUUUUUUAUUUGGGCGCGAGCGGGUAGCCUUUUUUUCUUCUUUUUAUUUUUAUUACUGUACUUUAUCUCCCCAAUGACGAACCUUGGGUGGACCUAAAAUGUUCUAGGCUUGCUCACGCAAAGAUUAGUCUUCUCCAUCAAAAAACUACUGGGGAAGCCAGUUUGGCUAACAUGUGAAGAUAAGGAUCUGAUGUAAAUCAGAGUUGAAUAAAUAACAUUAAAACAAAAAAAAA